AAAUGAGUUAACCUAUACGUCAAAAUACCACUAAUGCCGCUAAUGCCACUAAUGCCACUAAUGCCACUAAUACCACUAAUGCCACUAAUGCCACUAAUGCCACUAAUGCCACUAAUGCCACUAAUACCACUAAUGCCACUAAUGCCACUAAUGCCACUAAUGCCACUAAUGCCACUAAUGCCACUAAUGCCACUAAUGCCACUAAUGCCACUAAUGCCACUAAUGCCACUAAUGCCACUAAUGCCACUAAUGCCACUAAUGCCACUAAUGCCACUAAUGCCACUAAUGCCACUAAUGCCACUAAUGCCACUAAUGCCACUAAUGCCACUAAUGCCACUAAUGCCACUAAUGCCACUAAUGCCACUAAUGCCACUAAUGCCACUAAUGCCACUAAUGCCACUAAUGCCACUAAUGCCACUAAUGCCACUAAUGCCACUAAUGCCACUAAUGCCACUAAUGCCACUAAUGCCACUAAUGCCACUAAUGCCACUAAUGCCACUAAUGCCACUAAUGCCACUAAUGCCACUAAUGCCACUAAUGCCACUAAUGCCACUAAUGCCACUAAUGCCACUAAUGCCACUAAUGCCACUAAUGCCACUAAUGCCACUAAUGCCACUAAUGCCACUAAUGCCACUAAUGCCACUAAUGCCACUAAUGCCACUAAUGCCACUAAUGCCACUAAUGCCACUAAUGCCACUAAUGCCACUAAUGCCACUAAUGCCACUAAUGCCACUAAUGCCACUAAUGCCACUAAUGCCACUAAUGCCACUAAUGCCACUAAUGCCACUAAUGCCACUAAUGCCACUAAUGCCACUAAUGCCACUAAUGCCACUAAUGCCACUAAUGCCACUAAUGCCACUAAUGCCACUAAUGCCACUAAUGCCACUUAUGCCACUUAUGCCACUUAUGCCACUAAUUCCACUAAUUCCACUAAUGCCACUAAUGCCACUAAUUCCUCUCAAGGAAAAUGCACCACUGACUAAUUAGUAGAUCUUCGUAAUAGCCUUAAUUGGAAAGUAUUUAUGGAAGAACAUUCUUUUAAUAUUUAUAACCAAUAUCAGUAUGAUGGAGUAAUGGAAUAAAUUAUAAUUAGGAUAUAGAUAUGCAAGAGCUAUAUCAAUUUGAUCUAGCAGAAGAACAAAUUGCUGAUACUUAAUGAA